UCUUCCAAAUUCCAAACUAAACUAGCAAUACUAAAAAAGCUUUGUCAUUUAGCAAAAUGGAUAGAAACACCUUCUUUACCAUACAAAUUGAUGGUGGGUGUAGAUUUAGAGAUGGAAGAACUUGCUGGUAAUGGUAAAUGGAGAUGAGCGCUAUGGGGUAUGAUCUAUAUAUCAAGCAAGUUGAAGGAUUGCACAGUUGUUUGAGCUAAAUUGCAAGUUGACCGGCAUGUUUUAGACACUAGCUUAAUUUUGAGAUCUGAAAUCUUGUAUUAAUUGAAUUCGAAUGGAUCCGUCGUCGUUGUCGUUGUUUCGAUGGUUUAAAGAAUCAGCGUUGGUUUACCUGCAAGAAAAACUUCAUUACCCUGAGCUCUACCUUGUCACAAUUAUUGUCACUCUACUGGUACUAGUAUCACUCCAUUAUCUUGUCAAGAAUAACCAAAAAAAGAACUACAAAAAGCUUCCACCAAGUCCUCCAAAGUUGCCAAUUAUUGGCAACCUUCACCAGCUUAGUAGUCUUCCGCACCUCUCACUCCGUCGCUUAACCGAUAAAUAUGGCCCUAUAAUUCAGCUACAGCUGGGUGAGAUCCCUACCGUGGUGGUAUCAUCAGCUCGAUUAGCGAAGGAAGUACUUAAAACCCAUGAUCUUGCUCUUUCAAGCCGACCUCAAAUUUUAGGAGCACAACACCUCUUCUAUAACUGCACUGACGUGGUUUUUGCACCCUACGGUGCUUACUGGAGACAUAUCCGGAAAAUAUGCAUACUAGAACUUCUUAGUACCAAAAGGGUCCAGUCUUACAGCCCUGUGAGAGAAGAGGAGGUUGUACGUAUGAUUCACCGCAUUGCAGAUGGUCAGUACUUGUAUAAAGAUGGGUCUACCAAGGUAGUCGACCUUACCAAGAUGUUGGCACUCUACGCGAACGACGUUGUCUGCAGGACGGCAUUUGGAAGAGAUUUUUCAGCAGGAGGAGAGUAUGAUAAACAUGGGUUCCAAAAGAUGCUAGAGGAUUACCAGGUUUUGCUAGGAGGAUUUAGUAUUGGUGAUUAUUUCCCUUCACUGGAAUGGAUACACAGUUUAACAGGCAUCAAAGCUAGACUAGUAAAUACGACUGAACGUUUCGACUGUUUCUUUGAGGAUGUUAUUGCUGAACAUCGGAAUUCUAAGAAAUCAAAAGACGAGUGCAAAGACAUUGUUGACGUCCUCCUCGAAGUUCAAAAGGAUGAUGAGACUCUGACUAUGGAUAAUGUCAAAGCCAUAAUCUUGGAUAUGUUUGCUGCAGGAACUGAUACGACUUUCAUAGCAUUAGAUUGGGGGAUGACAGAGCUCAUAAUGAAUCCAAGAGUCAUGGAAAAAGCACAAGCUGAAGUAAGAGCAAUUGUUGGAGAUAGGACUACUGUGUUAAAGACUGAUCUUCCCAAAAUGCCAUACUUGAAUGCUGUCAUAAAAGAGAUUCUCAGGAUGCAUCCUCCUGCUCCAGUACUAGUCCCAAGAGAAUCCAUGGCCGAAGUAACAAUAGACGGAUAUGAAAUUCCUGCAAAAACAAGGUUCUUCGUUAAUGCUUGGGCAAUUGGGAGAGACCCUGAAUCUUGGGACAAUCCAGAUGUUUUUGAACCGGAGAGAUUCAUUGGCAGCUCUGUUGACUAUAAAGGACAGGAUUAUGAACUCAUUCCAUUUGGGUCUGGGAGGAGAAUGUGUCCAGCAAUUACAUUUGGAAUAGCGAGUGUAGAACUCGCUCUUGCUCAAGUUCUCCAUAGCUUUGAUUACGAGCUCCCACCUGGUAUCAAGCCAGAGGAUCUUGACAUGACCGAAGUGUUUGGCAUCACAAUGCAUAGGGUCUCUCAUCUCAUUGUGGUUGCCAAACCACGCUAUGUUCCACCUUUUACCAAAUAAGUUUAGUGCGCUUGCAAUUUAUUAUACUCUUUCUUAAAAAAAUGAAAUGGUAAUCAUCAGCUCACUGUAUUGGACUUGGAUUAAUUCAUGUAACGUGUAGCAAGAAUCGGUAUAUACCAUAUGUUCUUUAUGAUUUUAUUA